AUGAACCAGGUAACACGAUUCCUCACUUAUGAUGAUGAGAUCCUGGGCAGGGGGGAUUACUUCGUCCUGACCCCGUCCGACCUAAAAGCAUCCACUAUUGGUAAUAAUCCAUCACGAGUGCUCAAUUGUGAUGACAAGUCCCUUAGGGAAGAAGCAAUACUUUGUCCACCCCAACCUCAUUCGUGUAUCCUUGCAAGGAACGACGCAAAUGGGAGGUGGGGGUGGUCAAGGCUCAGCCUUCAACCCUCAACCCCGCCACAGACCGCCAACCCUGACCCCUAUCAAUACUACAGUCUUGAACCCCUCACUCGGGAGGGAUACCCGGCAGUCUCUACUGUGGCCUUUGAAAAUCAGGAGAGACCAAACCAUGUUGAGCUGACAGUAAGACGGAGCACUUUCAUGCGAUACUUGUUCAAACCAAAGGGGACGUGGACCGUCAACAGCUCUGAGAUCAACACCUCUCCAUCAGAGGGACUUCCAAUAGUUAAUCAUCCCCCAAACACCCGCCUGGAAUUUGGCGAGCAAGAUGACCAGCUCACGGAUGGAGCCAAUGCUCUAGGAGGGGAUGGAGGAUCUAGUUUCUACGCAUUCGAGGUGGCGGAAUGGACCGUGAGGUCCACCCCUACCACGGAGUAUUUCGAGACUCCUGAAAUCCGGGGAUGGACCGGUUGUGAAGAAAGCAUGAUUCUGCGUGCAAUACCACUUGAUGAUGAGGGAAGAGAGAUUGAGGUUGAUCCAAAUCUGAGACCCUAG